UUUCCUAGAAGCUGCUCGCCGCCCUCGGGCCGGGACGUCUCUGCUACACCAGGCCCCCCGCCCCGCCCCGCCCCGCCCCCUCGGGGCGCGGCCCUAGCCGCCUGCACAGCCCGAGGGGGACCGAGUCCCCAAACCCACCUGGGGGGGUAACGGGGGGCGGGGCCGGGCGGCGGCCCGAUGGAGGCGGCCCCGGAGCCGGAGCCGGAGCUGGAGCUGGAGCGGGGCGGUGGGGGGCGGCCGGGCGGGCGGCUGGACAUGAGCCACGGCUUCGUGCGCAGUAUCCGCCGCAACCAGAUCGCCAGGGAUGACUACGACCGGGAGAUGAAGCAAGCCAAGGAGAAGGUGAAGAAGAGGCACACGCCAACCCCCCCGCGGCCCCGCAAGCCCGACCAGCAGGUGUAUCACCCCCGGCGGCGAAGCCAGCCGGACCCCAGCUACAGCCUGGACUACGAGGGCUCCAGCGAGAGCAGCUCCAGCCCCGAGCCUGACCCUCGGGGCCCCGAGCUGUUCUGCCUCGAGUUCGAAGCCGACAGCGGUGAUGUCACAGCCGUCAUCGUCCACCAGGAUGACAGCCCUGAGGAGGUGGCGCAGCAGGUGUGCGCCCACAGCCCGCUGGAACCUGUCCUGCGCCAGGCUUUGUGCCAGCGGGUGCGGGAGGAGCUGCACAAGCGCCAGGCCAGGCCUUGAGUGGGCAGCGGGCGCUGGGCCUGAGCCUGUCCCGCAGCCCAGACAAUAAACACUGGUGGGAA